AUGCUGCUAUCGAACGUAGCGGUCAAUCGUACGGUUGUCCACACCCAGCUCGUGUCGGGAAGCCGGUCCGCUCUUCACGCCCUGUCUCGGACAUCACACUCAGUGCCAGUGACACACACCCAUCAACGGAGACACAUCUUUUCACACAAACGCCGGCUGUCGUCCUCGACCCUCGCGAUCCCGUUCGCUCUCAGCAACACUAACUCCGCCACAACCGCUCCUCUUCAGUUUCUCUCAAAUGUGUCUCUUUGUCGAGUUACUCCAGGAACGAUCACCACUAGUGCUAAAGCUACCGCCCCCAAUCUCGACAAGAUGAGCGCCGAGGCGGCCACAACAGCUGCCCAGGCUUCCGCAAGUCCGGUGGAAGACUCCUUUCUGAAAAAGGCCGUUUCGUGCCAGUCGGAAACAGAAAGAGAAGCCGUCAUGGCAGCCCGAGCAGCAAAAAAGGCCCUUAGAGAAACCAAAGAAACAUGGUGGGCACCCUACGUUGCCCUGACUAAACCCCGGCUGACCGUUCUCGUUGUUCUCUCGGCGAUGUCGUCCUACGCACUCACUCCGGAGGCUGUUUCGCUGACUAAUCUACUGUUCCUGACGGUGGGAACUGCUCUCUGUUCUGGAUCUGCCAAUGCUAUCAACAUGGGACGUGAACCCGCUUACGACUCGAUGAUGACUCGAACUCGAGGUCGACCCGUUGUACGUGGUGCAGUCACCCCAAACCAGGCAUUCACCUUUGCUGGCAUCACAGGUACCGUGGGAACCGCGGCUCUCUAUUUUGGAGUCAACCCGACAGUGGCCAUUCUGGGUGCGUCCAACAUUGCGCUCUACGGAGGUCUAUACACCACCCUCAAGCGAAAACACAUUAUUAACACGUGGGUGGGAGCUGUGGUUGGAGCUAUCCCCCCUCUCAUGGGAUGGGCGGCUUCUGGAGGAUCUCUUCUGCAUCCCGGUGCUUGGUGUCUGGCUGGACUUUUGUACGCAUGGCAGUUUCCACAUUUCAACGCCCUGUCGUAUAGCAUCCGAGACGAGUAUAAAAAGGCCGGCUACGUGAUGACUGCAUGGAAGAAUCCCGGCCUGAACGCCCGAGUCGGUCUGCGGUACGCACUGCUCAUGUUCCCUCUCUGCGUCGGACUCUCCUACUACAACGUAACCGACUGGUGGUUUGUUCUAGACUCGUCGGUGCUGAACGCAUGGAUGGCAUGGUGGGCUUUCAAGUUCUGGCAACAGGAGAACGUCAACAUUGCCCUGGCUGCUGCAGGAAAGCAGUACUCACAAAACCCAUUUGCCCGGAAACUGUUCUGGGGCUCAGUCGUGCAUCUUCCCGGUGUGUUGCUGCUGGCCAUGAUCCAUAAGAAGGGCCAGUGGGAUUGGUUGUUUGGACCCUCCGAGGAUGAGAAGAAAAAGACUCUCAGCAGCUAA